UGCCUAGGACUGGAUCAGAGCAGCUGUUAGCCAGCACCUGGCGGCCCGCCCAGCGCAGGCUCUGCCUCCUGCCGCGCCACUUCACGGGCCCGCAGCCGUGACGCUGCUCUGGCAAUGCGCCGCGGGGCACUGUGGGAAGCAGAGGGAAAUAUGGCGGAUGGCGAGGAACCGGAGAAGAAAAGAAGGAGGCUAGAGGAGCUGCUGGCGGAUGGAAUGGCUGUUGAUGGUGGGUGUGGGGUCUCUGGAGACUGGGAAGAUCGCUGGAACCAUGUAAAGAAGUUCCUCGAGCGAUCUGGACCAUUCACACAUCCUGAAUUCGAGCCAGGCCCUCAAGGUUUUGAGUUUUUAUUAAGCACAUGUAAAGUGCUAGUUAUUGGAGCAGGAGGAUUAGGAUGUGAACUCCUGAAAAACCUGGCACUGUCUGGCUUUAGGCAGAUCCAUGUUAUUGACAUGGACACCAUAGAUGUUUCUAAUCUCAACCGACAGUUCCUCUUUCGACCAAAGGAUGUUGGGCGACCAAAAGCAGAAGUUGCAGCAGAGUUCCUAAACAGCCGCAUCCCCAACUGUACUGUCACGCCUUAUUUUAAAAAGAUUCAAGACAUGGAUGAAAGCUUUUAUCAACAGUUUCAUAUUAUUGUUUGUGGGCUCGACUCUAUAAUUGCAAGAAGAUGGAUAAAUGGCAUGCUGAUGUCAUUUUUACAUUAUAAAAAUGGUGAACUGGAUACAGACUCCAUCAUACCGUUAGUAGAUGGAGGAACAGAAGGAUUUAAAGGAAAUGUUCGUGUGAUUAUUCCUGGUAUGACAGCAUGUGUGGAAUGCACACUUGAGCUUUAUCCACCACAGGUCAAUUUUCCCAUGUGUACUAUUGCAUCUAUGCCCAGACUGCCGGAACAUUGUAUUGAGUAUGUCAGGAUAUUGCAGUGGCCAAAGGAGCAACCUUUUGGAGAGGGUGUUGCAUUGGAUGGAGAUGACCCUGAACAUAUACAGUGGAUUUACCAAAAGUCUCUAGAAAGAGCAUCACAGUUUAGUAUCAAGGGUGUCACAUACAGACUCACACAAGGGGUGGUUAAACGAAUCAUUCCAGCAGUAGCUUCUACAAAUGCAGUAAUUGCAGCUGUUUGUGCCACUGAAGUUUUUAAAAUAGCCACAAGUUCAUACAUGCCUCUUAACAACUACUUGGUGUUUAAUGAUGUGGAUGGAUUAUACACAUACACAUUUGAAGCUGAAAGAAAGGAAAACUGUCCAGCCUGCAGCCAGCUUCCCCAAAACAUAGAGAUUUCUCCAUCAGCUAAAUUGCAGGAGAUCUUGGAUUACUUGACAAAUGAUGCGUCAUUGCAAAUGAAAUCUCCUGCAAUCACAGCAACUAUGUAUGGGAGAAAUAGAACACUCUAUUUACAGGCUUUUUUUUUUCUUCUACAGACAGUAGCUUCAAUUGAAGAGCGAACAAGGCCAAAUCUUUCCAAGACACUAAGAGAACUGGGGCUUGUGGAUGGCCAGGAGCUUGCAGUUGCUGAUAUUACGACACCACAGACUGUGUUGUUCAAGCUUCACUUCAUCACUUAACUUAUUCACAAGUAAACUGCAUCCACAGGGAGAGAAACUUGUACCCACCCUGUGAAACAAGCAUACUCUGUGUGUGUUCAAGCAGCCUGAAAUGUUCAUGUUAGUUCUAGCUUUGUUCAAGGUUAGGUAAUCCAAAUGAAUCACCAUACUUCAGAAUUGUAUGUAGAAGCCAAUAUUUGGUGGGUUAUAUUUGUAUAAAUGCUUAUUAAUAUACAGGACUCUGAUGUAUAGGAAUACACCUUCCCCCACCCCGUUUUUGACAUCGAAAUGUUAGUGCUAAAAUACUUUCAGACACAACUUGAAGGUGGCCAAAAGUAGUGUUGUCAACAUGUGUGUACAGAUGUGCAAAGAGAAGACACUUGAAAAGGAUCAGUUUUUAAAUUGUAGCACUCCUAUACGGCAAUGAGUCACCUUAAAAACAGAAGAGUAAAAUGAGCAUUCUUCUGUUACUUGAUAUCAAGUUGUUCAGUUUUAUGAAAAAUGUGAAAUAUGGAAGAGAUUACUUUGUUUACAAGCAAACACAAAAGGACAAAACCUUCACCCCCACAUGAAAAUCCAGACGUGUCCACUUGCAAUUCCCAAGCAGCUGCUUCUUGCACAGUAUUGCAAGAUUUAUGUUCAAGUAUCAUUGGUGCUCUUACAGUAUUUAUUAAUAAAACAUCUUAAACACA